AUGGCCGACAACGCGUCGCCAGGCAAGCCUGAACAUGCUGCGGACGUUUCGACCCUCAGAUCCGAGCAAGACGAUGUCUCUAUACCAAAUUCGAACGGAAACUUGUUAAACGGUGAUUCUAUAACCGUUCGAAUAAAUGGACACGCUUCCGAGGACGCGAUUCUAGCCCCAAACGGACACGAUAUCGAAAAUCUCGAUUCACACAAUCGUGAGGACUCCGAGCGCCCUGCUAAACGACAACGGACUCGCGACACGACCCCACCAUCUAGCGCGCGAAAGCAAAAGCUGGAAUCUCCGCCGUGGAAGCAGGCCGCCGCUGAAGGGCCAACAUCCUUCACUGAGAAUGGCCGUCGCAAGUCAGGGCGCAUCAAUCUGCUCCCACGAACGCCCUCCCCCCCUCCGGUUCACAUUCGCCACUCAACACGGCCGAUACGAUCAUCUCGACAUGUGGACGUUCCCGACAUCAAUGACGGACUUGUCUUGAAACGAUCGCCCCGAACCGUUCGUGUCGGUCGCCCCGGAGAGAUACCAUUGGUUCAUCCUGGGCAAGUGCCAAAACGACCAAAGCUAGGCACCAGCUUUGAGGACUUUUGGUCGCGUGCCGGCGGUCUCCCAGUCGAGGAGGGCGGCUUGCAAGCCUCGGAGGAUGGCCCAUUCUAUACAGACGAACUGGCUCUCCGAGAUGCCAGAAUCAUUAUGAGAAUUGAAGAUGAAACGGAACCUGGUGGCUUGCUCGCGCCUGGUCGCUGCUCGUUAUUUGCGCCAGAAGGAGACGACGAUGCUCCCAGACAGUGGGCUCGUCAAGAUCAUUUGAUCAAAGCUGUGGCAAAUUUUCGGAAGCUCUUAGUAGCUGAACAACAACGGCAUAGAUUUUCUGCCAAGAAGCUUGCAGAAGCUUGUCGUGAUGAAUGGAUCCGCCGGCAACCCAAAUCAACGGGGCAACUAGAAGCUGAAGCUCGAGAAUUAUGCCUUGCGCGAUAUAAGCAAACUUUGAAGGCAAUGAGCGGAACUUGGGAGAAUGUGCGCGCCUACGUCAACAAGCAGCGCCUCGAACAAUGGGAAGUCGAGGAGCAGAAGCGAGUCAAAGCUGCUUUGAACGAAGCUGUCAACCUCUCCGAGCAGAAGCUUCAAGCGCGGCAAGCUGGCCUGGACUCGGAACCUCUUUCCGACGACGACGGCUUCGAUGAUCUCAGCGACGAUAUGAGUGAGGGUAUGGGCGCAAUGGGGCAGGGCGAUUCGGACCUAGCAUCUGACGAAGGCAGCGACAACGAUCUUGACGAAGAUAGCGAUGUCAUGUCAUCAUCGGAAGACGAGGAUGGUGACGAUGUUAAAGAUAUUGCGGACGAGGGUCUAACACAGGAGCAGCUUCGCUUAAAAUAUGCCAACAUCCCCGACUUUGACCCUGGUAGCAAUGAAGAUGGCACCGAUGCACCCACCGAUGCUGCGACGACACAAGUUGGGGCUGAAACGACAGAUGCCGCCGCCGAGACGACCGACGAAUCGAUAGACAUGGAUGACGACUUAGGAUCCAGUGAUAUGGGCGAAGCAGCUGGAAGUGAUGAGUCGGAGGAAGAAGAAGAUGAAAGCGAUGCUGGAGGCAUGCUAGGGCUCUUGUUUGGCAAAACUGAGCUUCAGAAAUUCAAGCAAACAGAAAGUGAAGCACCCACAGUUGCAGACGACGAUGACCAGCUAGCUUCAGCAGCUGACGUGAAGGAGGAAUCAUCUAUCUUUGGUGACGAUAUUGAAGACGAAGACGAAGUCACCCUGAUACAACACCCGGACUUCCUCGAACUAGUCGAAGAACAUCGAAUUCGCAAGAGUCCGACGCUCAGCUUGGUUAACGGCGAACACGAUCCCCAGAAAGAUGCAGCCACAGACUUGGCCAAAGUCGACGCGAUGGAGGUGGAUGAUGAGUCGACCGAACCAGAGGCCAAAAUCAAGACAACUCUACCCGAAGACGCGGAUGAGACAAUGGCUGAAGCAACUGCGGAGCAAGUCACAGAAGAACAGCAGCCCAUGAGCCCAGAAACAGACGCAGUGUCGAAUGCGCACACCUUGCAACCUACCCAGUCGCCAGAGACGACCGAUACCAGGGCCUCGGAAGUAGAUUCGGUUUCUGCGCUUAUACCAGCCAAAGCCAGAAUGGAUGGCGGCGAAUCAGAGUCCCCUAGCAAAGAUUCGGGUCACAAAACCGAGGUGCCAUUCCUCUUGCGAGGUACUCUGCGUGAGUACCAGCGGGAUGGUCUGGACUGGCUUGCUGGACUGUAUGCGAACCAUACGAAUGGAAUCCUGGCAGACGAAAUGGGCCUGGGUAAAACCAUUCAGACCAUUGCUCUACUGGCGCACCUGGCCUGCCAACACGAAGUUUGGGGUCCUCAUCUGGUCAUUGUGCCGACCAGUGUCAUGCUCAAUUGGGAAAUGGAAUUCAAGAAGUGGUGCCCGGGGUUCAAGAUUCUUGCCUACUACGGUACUCAGGAUGAAAGAAAGAGAAAGCGCCAGGGUUGGAACAACGAUGAUGUGUGGAACGUCUGUAUCACAUCAUACCAACUUGUGCUCCAGGAUCAGCAAGUGUUCAAACGUCGGCGAUGGCAUUAUAUGAUUCUGGACGAAGCGCACAAUAUCAAGAAUUUCAAAUCUCAGCGAUGGCAAACUCUGCUUGGCUUCAACACACGAGCUCGAUUAUUGCUCACCGGCACGCCCCUGCAGAACAAUCUCACAGAACUGUGGUCGCUUCUCUUCUUCCUGAUGCCUGCGCAGAAUGGCGAGGGCGGUUUCGCGGACCUCCAAGAGUUUCAUGAGUGGUUCCACAAGCCUGAAUCCCAGAUCUUGGAGAGCGGGCGCGAGCAGAUGGACGAGGAAGCCAAGGCCAUCAUUUCCAAACUCCACAAGGUUUUGCGCCCAUAUUUGCUGCGCCGAUUAAAAGCAGAUGUAGAGAAGCAGAUGCCUGGCAAGUACGAGCACGUCGAAUUUUGUCGACUGUCGAAGCGUCAGCGUGAAUUAUACGACGGCUUCCUUUCUCGAUCUGAUACCAAAGAAACCCUAUCGUCUGGCAACUAUCUGUCCAUUAUUAACUGUCUAAUGCAACUGCGCAAAGUGUGCAAUCACCCCGAUUUAUUCAUCGAUCGACCCAUUAUGACAUCGUUUCGCCAAGGAAGUUCAGUACCGGCAGAAUACCAAGUGGCAGAGCAGCGCGUGCAGCGUAUUCUGCUGCGACGAAAUCCGAUGCGUCAAGUGGACCUUGGAUUUCUCAACCUUUUGCCGACUAAACACGAGUGGCAGUCAAGCGCAGCCUGUGAUCGUGUUUCUCAGCUCAGCUCAUACCGCAUAAUGAUCGAUAUGAAAGAGGCACAGCGCGUUCGGGCACAGCAUGCGUAUUCGCAUCUUGACCCGCUAACGGUGGAAUCUACCGUGGACUAUCUGGAGAGCGCUGCGCGAUGGGGCAGAUUCGAGGAACUACAACACUCGGUUUAUAUCAACGCGCUUCGGCGUCAGCAGAGACCUAUAUAUGGCUCUAAUUUGGUUGAGAUGCUGACUGUUGAUGCACACAAACGACCAUACCGGCCUCGGCCCAAGCUCUCCAAGUUUCUCAUGAGCUGGUUUGAGGAUGAGUCGUCGCAUAUCAAUGCGCUGACGCCGAAGCUGUAUGACCGCGCAGAGGAGUACAAGGUAUUGAUUGAAAAGUUCUCAUGCGUCACUCCGGCAGUGGUCACGAGAGAUCUAAACCAGAUCUUGCUGGGCCGCAAAACUGCGGCACGUUUCACUGACGAGGACCUGAAGCUCUCUGCACCGGUGCGCUGGGCACCAUUCCUGCCAAAGGAGGCGCCGAGGGACCCGUGGCAUGAAGCACGAAUGCGACAGACGAUUCAAUUUCCAGACAAGCGCCUACUUCAGUAUGAUUGCGGAAAGCUGCAAGCCUUGGACAAGCUCCUCCGCAAGUUGCAGUCUGGGGGGCAUCGUGCGCUCAUCUUUACGCAGAUGACCAAGGUUCUAGAUAUUCUCGAGCAGUUCCUCAACAUCCAUGGACAUAAAUAUCUGCGACUGGAUGGUGCAACCAAGGUCGAGCAGCGACAGAUCUUGACAGAUCGGUUCAACCACGAUCCGCGCAUCUUGUGCUUUAUUCUAUCAACAAGGUCUGGUGGUCUCGGUAUCAACCUGACGGGUGCGGACACGGUCAUCUUCUACGACCAGGAUUGGAACCCGGCGAUGGACAAGCAGUGCCAGGAUCGAUGCCAUCGUAUUGGUCAGACGCGAGACGUGCACAUCUACCGACUGGUUAGCGAGCACACGAUUGAAGCGAAUAUUCUGCGCAAGGCGUCGCAGAAGCAGAUGCUCGACGAUGUUGUGAUCCAAGAGGGAGAGUUCACUACGGAUUACUUUAACAAGAUGUCCAUCAAAGACGUGUUGGCGGACAAGGUUGACAAUACAAGCGAAGGAGUAUCUGCGGCCGAUGCGGCGCUGGAUCGUGUGCUGGGCGGCGGCGACAGCAGCCGUGACCAGCGGACCGUGGGCAGAGCGCUGGAGCAGGCCGAAGACAGGGAGGAUGUGGCGGCUGCUCGAGUCGCUGAAAAAGAGAUACACGACGACGACGCCGACUUCACGGAAAAGGCAAGCGUCCCUGCGUCGGGAACGUCGACGACACGCCAGGGCACACCACUGGACAAGGCGGACGUGGUGUUUGGCGACGACGGGCAAGUGGUGGAGGUGGAAUACAAUGCGUAUGGUGCGCGAAUGGGUACGAUUGACGACUUCAUGCUGGCGUUCAUGCGGGAAGCAUUGCGAUACACGAAACUGGAUCUGCCCAAGGACAAGAAGAAGGCUAAAAAGAAGGGUAAGGACACGCGAAAGCGGUGA